CGUCGAUUCGUAACCGCGUGACCAUAAAAAAAACUACAUUUCCCGACUGUCUUUGCGCUCGCCUGCGUGUGUGUCAGUGUGGUGUGUCCGCGCCCGCGCGCCACGACUCGACUGGAUUCGAGGUGGAGAGGCAGCGGCGAGCGACAACCCUAGUGAAACGGGGAGGGCAGUAGACUGAAGUAGACGUCACUUCGUAGCAGCACGCCGGUCGACCUGGUUCAGGCCUGUUACAGCUAUCGAGCGAGGCCAUUUCUCUGGCAUCUGCUCAGCCCAGAGUUUUAGCUUUUGAAGAUGGUGAAGUCAGACAUUUACACUCUGGCCCAUCACCUUAAGCAGGAGCGUCUAUAUGUGAACUCUGAGAAGCAGCUGCUGCAACGUCUCAAUACAGAUGUUUUGAAAACUGCUGAAAAGCUUUACCGAACUGCAUGGAUUGCUAAACAGCAGAGAAUCAACCUUGACAGGCUUAUUUUGACCAGCACUGAUGCUUCCCCUGCAGAAUGUUGCCAGCAUGCUAAACUCUUGGAGGAUACUCAGUUUGUCGAUGGCUAUAAAACACUUGGCUUCCAGGAGACAGUUUAUGGGGAGUUCCUCCACCGGGUGAGGGAAAAUCCUCGCUUGGUGGCUUCCUGUUUGGUGGCGGGUGAGAAGCUCAACCAGGAGCAUAUGCAUAGUGUAAUUCACACUGUCUUCACUUCACUGUAUGGGAACUGUAUCAUGCAAGAAGAUGAGAACUAUCUCCUACAGGUACUGCGCUACCUGAUUGAAUUUGGGCUGAAAGAGAGCGAAGAUCCACGACGGCGCUUGAGGAGUGGUACUUGUGCAUUCAGCAUCCUAUUCAGGCUGUUUUCUGAGGGUGUAUACUCUGCAAAGCUCUUCUUAACAGCCACCUUACAUGAGCCUAUAAUGCAGCUGCUUGUGGAAGAUGAAGAUUACUUGGAGAGAGACCCCAACAAGGUGGCAGAGCGUAUUUCUGGUCCUCAAAUAGAGAAGCUUGGUGGGAAAGGGUCCAACAUUUAUAAGGCCAAAGUGCAAGAGAUGAUUGAGUCAAAUGAGGCAAAGCUGGUGGCACUUGUAAACAAGUUUAUUGGCUACUUGAAACAAAACACAUAUUGCUUUCCUCACAGCCUACGAUGGAUUGUGUCUCAAAUGUACAAAACUCUCUCCUGUGUAGAAAGGUUGGAUAUUACAGAAGUGCGUGCAAUGUGUACUGAUCUCCUGCUGGUUUUCUUCAUCUGUCCUGCUAUUGUCAACCCAGAGCAGUAUGGAAUCAUUUCAGAUGCCCCAAUUAACGAGGUGGCCAGAUUUAAUCUGAUGCAGGUGGGCCAGCUGUUGCAGCAGUUAGCUAUGGGCAGCACAGAUGAAGGAGACCCACGCAUGAAAGGAAGCCUUUCCAAGUUUGAUAAAGGUUGUGUGGCAGCUUUUCUGGAUGUGAUCAUUGGUGGUCGUGCAGUAGACACUCCUCCAAUGUCUUCUAUGAACCUCCUUGAUGGGUUGACAAGGACUGUGGUUUACAUCACUCACAAUCAACUCCUCACAUUGGUGGAUUUUGCUAGAAAUGUGAUGUCCGGAGAUCAGCUGCGUGAUGAAGAUCGAAUUGCUCUAGAGAACUUGCUGACAAAUGUACCUCAUGUCCGAGGUGGGAAAAGCAACAGCCUGGAAAUGACACCGUCUAACACUCCACAACUAUCUCCAGCCACUACACCUGCCAACAAGAAAAGAUUGCCCAUAGGACAACAGUUAGCUGCAAUUACCAGCUGGGAACCUUCUGCCAACACUCUGACUGCACAUAUACCCUUAGUAACACCAUUUGCAGCCUCACGGAGCAGAAGCAAAUCCAACAUUGCCUUGGAGCAGCAACCAGACCAAGAAGCUAGCUCGCAGGAAUCUAUCCAGGACCUUUUGCCAGAGGAAGUCCUUGUUAUCUCUUUGGGCACAGCACCACAAAUUUCUCCAGGAAUGAUGUCAGAAAAUGAGGUGUUGAACAUGCACAUGGGUGAUGGAGCACAAGGUGAGGUUCCAGUGGAUGACACCAAACUUCAUGGCAAACCAGACAAGACACUGCGUUUCUCAUUGUGCAGUGACAACCUAGAAGGAAUAUCUGAAGGCCCUUCAAACCGUUCAAAUUCUGUAUCUUCAUUGGAUCUUGAAGGAGAGUCUGUUUCAGAAUUAGGAGCUGGUCCUUCAGGAAGCAAUGGUGUGGAAGCAUUACAGCUUCUGGAACAUGAGCAAGCCACCACACAAGACAAUCUGGAUGACAAGCUGCGAAAAUUUGAAAUAAGAGACAUGAUGGGUCUGACAGACGACAGAGAUAUUUCUGAGACUGUAAGUGAAACAUGGAGUACAGAUGUUUUGGGCAGCGACUUUGACCCCAACAUCGACGAAGAUAGACUACAGGAAAUUGCAGGUGCAGCUGCUGAAAACAUGUUGGGCAGUCUGUUAUGCUUGCCAGGCCCUGGUUCAGUGCUUCUUGAUGCAUGCACGGGAUCCACUAUAUCAGAGACCACCAGUGAAGCCUGGAGUGUGGAAGUCUUGCCUAGUGAUUCUGAAGCUCCAGAUGUGAAACAGGAGGAACGCCUGCAAGAACUUGAAAGUUGCUCCGGAUUGGGUAGUACUUCAGAUGACACGGAUGUGCGUGAAGUUAGUUCUCGGCCUAGCACACCUGGUCUCAGUGUUGUUUCAGGGAUAAGUGCUACAUCAGAGGACAUUCCCAAUAAAAUUGAAGAUCUGAGGUCAGAGUGCAGUUCUGAUUUUGGAGGAAAGGAUUCUGUAACGAGUCCUGAAGCAGACGAUUCUGGACAUGGCUCUCACCACUUGACAUCUCCUCCUUCACAAGCUGACUCUUUGCUUGCUAUGUUUGACCCCCUUUCUACAUGUGAAGGGUCAUUAGCACCUGCAGUUGUACGUCCCAAGGUUCAUUAUGCCCGACCUCCUCACCCUCCUCCAGAUCCCCCAAUUCCUGAACUGUUUCCCGUAAUCCAAGAGGCUAGAUUGCCCAUGUUUGGCCCACAUGGUGUGCUGCCAGUUGACUUGGAGCAGAACAAACAACGUCAUUCCUAUCCAGACAGACUAGUGAGGAGCAAGAGUUCAGACAUAGUGCCUGCUUCCCGAAGGCCCACCAGUGACCCCAGCUGGAACAGACGUGCUCCCAAUGAAGAGAGAGACACUACAGUAGGAACUUCUGCUGCAUUUGUUACAGGACCAUCCUCUUCCCCUAGUAAAGAUUCACUAAAAGGAGAGGCAGAAGAGAGGAAAGAUAGUGAUGAUGAAAAAUCAGAUAGGAGCAGACCUUGGUGGAAAAAGCGCUUUGUCUCUGCCAUUCCAAAAGUGCUGUAUUGGACUACAGAAAGUGAAGUUACAGCACCUAUUACGUUCAGGAAAAAGGACAAACAAGAUAAAGACAGGGAAGAUCAAUGUCCUGAGCGCUGCCCACAUAUUGAUGAGUCUUCAUCCCGUUUGAAUGCCCAAGCCCAGGCUGCUGCUGCUGAGGAUAUUCUAGAUAAAUACAGGAAUGCCAUCAAGAGGUCAAGCCCCAGUGAAGUAACAACUUCAGCAACUUAUGAAGGACCUGCAAUUGCUGAAGGAGAAAGCAUCCACGACUCACCUAGAGAAGAAAUUAUACAAAACAUCUCUGCAGAUGACUUACCAGAUUCUGCAAGCCAGACAGCACAGCCAUUAGAUUCGAAGUUCUCCUUCAGUGAUGCCAAGAAGAAACUAAGGAUGUCACUUUGCUCUGCUGAUUCAGUCGUCUUUCCUAUAAUGACUCACACAACAACAAGAAAUGGUCUACCUGACCAUACAGAUACUGAAGAUAAUGAGAUUGUCUGUUUCCUGAAAGUCCAGCUUGCAGAAGCUAUAAACCUUCAGGACAAAAACCUCAUGGCUCAGAUCCAGGAGACAAUGCGCUGUGUCAGUCGGUUUGAUAGUCGAACGUGUCGGAAACUGCUGGCUGCCAUUGCAGAAGAUUACAGAAAACGGGCACCUUAUAUUGCUUACUUGACUCGAUGUCGUCAGGGACUCCAGACCUCACAGGCUCAUUUGGAAAGACUCCUGCAGAGAGUACUGAGGGAUAAGGAGGUGGCCAACCGAUACUUCACCACAGUCUGUGUCAGACUACUAAUGAAGAGUAUGGAGAAACAAAUGGCAAGCUUUAUUGAAGCCUUCCAAAGGUUCACAGCUGCUGAUGACAAAACUGCUUCAGUAGAAGAUUUCUUGCGUUAUUUGUAUGGAGCCAUGGCUCAAGAUACUAUUUGGCAGAAUGCAAGUGAAGAUCAACUGCAGGAUGCACAAAUGGCUAUUGAGAGGAGUGUUAUGAAUCAAAUAUUCAAACUUGCCUUUUACCCAAACCAAGAUGGUGAUAGUUUACGAGAUCAAGUUUUGCAGGAACACAUUCAGCGUCUGUCUAAAGUUGUGACUGCUAAUCAUAAGGCUCUACAGAUCCCAGAGGUGUAUUUAAAAGAAGCCCCUUGGCCAUCUGCACAGGCAGAAAUUCGAACGAUGCGUGCUUACAAGACACCACGGGAUAAGCUGCAAUGUAUCCUUCGGAUGUGUUCAACUAUCAUGAAUCUUCUGAGUCUAGCCAAUGAGGACUCUGUACCCGGAGCAGACGAUUUUGUUCCUGUGUUGGUGUUUGUCUUAAUUAAGGCUAACCCUCCCUGCCUGCUGUCCACCAUCCAGUACAUCAAUAAUUUUUAUGCCAGCCGGAUGAGCGGAGAGGAAUCUUAUUGGUGGAUGCAGUUCACAGCAGCCGUUGAAUUCAUUAAAACCAUCGACGAUCGCAAGUGAUGCAGAAUGCCAGCUGCAUUAGCAGACUGUUAAGGGAGAAAAACAUGAGUUGUACUCACCAACUGCUUCCCAGGCAGAAGAAUUACUUUUUUAUUUUUGCUUGUAUAUUUGUACAUAAAGUAGAGGCAUUUAAAGAAAAUCAUAUAAGACUUGAUUGUUGGUUGUUUCUGUUUCAUAUUUUUUUUUAUUUCUGUCCUGUGUUGCUAACAGGUUAGCACUGAAAAAAGGGACCAUGCUUCUGCUAAUAUUUUUCUUUAAUUUUGGAGGAGCAAUGUCAUUUCCUCUUGUGCUGUGACCUGUCCCUUUUAAGUGAGCUUAAGCGCAAGCUUGGGAGUCACAAGGACUGGAAUGAAGUUAAGCUGGGUUAUCAGGCACGUGCUUCCCUUAAACUUGAGUAACCGACUCAAAGUAGUAUUUUGGGGAAAAAAAGAGAAGAUUAUAUCUGAAUGGGCAGCUUAUGGGCAAGUUAUGUGUCUUUGCUCUGCGUUACUGUACUGAAUGGUGCAGUUUCUGGUGGGGUUGUGGGGGCUGGUGAGGGUGGGGUUUGGAGCCACAGGGAAUCUUGUUAGGGGGCUCUGCCUGUAACCAGUGCCUUUGGGGAGACUGCAUCAUACCCUCCCCAUGUUCAAGUGGAACAUGUUGACCUGUGGAUUACUUCUUUGGGGUCUCCUUUCCCUUUGAGAUGUCAGCCCCCUCUGCUUUAGGGAGAAUCACAAUCAGGAUUCUGAUCCAGAUCUGUUUUAGAUGUUAAUAUAUUUUUUUGUAGGCGAAAGAAUGAAAUGUUAUAUCUUUAUUUAAAAAUGUUUUGCUCAUUAUGCAGAUCCUACCUCACCUUACUGAAAAAAUGUAAAGGUUAAGUAGAAAGCCAUUUUUAUCACAUGUAAGAAAACACUGAUACAUCUGAAGGUGAGGGCAGCCAUACUAGGAGGUGACAGUGGAGCAUGUCUGAUAGUUAAGACAGGAAAGGAGUUCUGAGGUUGCCGGUGGCACCCACUGGCAUUUCACAUGGAAAUUUGGCUGUGCACUGGUGGUCUUUAUAAAUUCAUGAUGCCAAAAACAGCUAUUCUUCCCCUGUACAUUAAAGAUAUACUCUUAAGGCAGACCCUUGCUGAUUUAUUAGGCUUUUAUUUUGUGAUUCCUAUCAAUGUUUCACCCUCUAUAAGCAGUUCAGGCAGAUAUUUUUUCAAAUUCUGCUCAUUAGUAUAAAGAGUUUUUAGGUUUGUUUCUGUUGUUGAAAUUAGACACAAAUUAGAGAAAGCUGGCUUUGUUUCAGAGGACCUCUUCAUUAUGCUUUUGUCUCCUUGCUCCCAUUUGUAUCAUUUUAUUGCCCAUACUUUUGUUUUUGUUCUCAGUUUUACAAAGUGCAACAUUUUGUUAGAAACAACAAUAGAAGCAGAAGCUGUCAGGAGUUUACUCAAUCCCAAAUAUUAUGUUAUAAUAAACUGAUGUUCUUUCAUUAUGAUCCCUUUUUUAUUCCCAGGAUGCCAGUUUUAUAGUCUUAUCACUGCUGAGAAGUUACUGAGUUGUUUUAUUUAUUUUUUCUUCAAAAAGUAGUAGAAAAUGAUUCAUCACAGGAUGUGUAGUCCAAAUUAAAUUGCCUGUGCAAAGCAGCUCAAUAUUUCAGUGGCAAUAGAAAGUUCAGAACUCACAAAAUUCAGGUCAAGGUGAGCCCUUUAAGGUCCUACAAAUGUGUAAUGUCACCGUCACUUUCAGACCCCAGAGCGAUGAACGGGUCAUUAUAAUGCCGACAAGGCUGCCAAGUUGGAGUAUUCCAUCGUUCAUCAUGGUUUUAUUAAAAAAAAUGUGCAUAUGAGAUGCAGUUUCUAAUUUUUGUCUAAUUAGUGACCUAGGUUCCUUAAUUGUCUAGCAAAUAAGGGAGUGGAUGAUAGUGACUCCUGAAUUUUUAAAUAUUUGAAGGGGAUAAAAUUAAUAGAAGAACACAACUUCAAAAAAUGUUUUUUUUUUAUUUUUGGGUGGGGAGGGAGGGGUUAAUAUUAAUAAUAACAAAAUUACACAUUAAAAUAUUUUCCUGAUUAUGUAGGAAAGCUUUGAGGGAGCAACUUCUGUACACACAAAACUCACCAGCUGAGGCUGUUGUGAGAAAGGCUGUGGGCCCCUCUGUACUAAAAACUAACAAUUGGUAGACGUGUAUUCAACACUUAAGCUUGCACAAUCCUGCCAAUAUGGGAAUAAUAUUGUCAUUAAUGUGAUUAAUGUAUUAUAGCCUUCUAAAGAUCAGAAUAAAAAGAGGUUUAUCUAAGAA